UCGGAUCGUUAACCUUGCGUGUUUUCUCAAAUAGUGGCUAAAUUGGCUGAUUUAUUUGACGUUCCGAACGAACAAGGCUGAAUACACCAAAAUUGGAUUAUCGGGUUUGCUAUGCCAACUGUGCUCGUCCAUUCUACCUACUGACCUAUGAUGCAAAAGUUUAUUUUUUGUGUAAAAAGUGACUUUUUCAUGACUUGAUUUCGAGUGAACUUAUUUCAAUGGAACACCGAAUUGCCGAGUUGAAGAUUACUUUCAGACGUGGACGUAUUUUCGAAUCCUGCAAUUUGUAGCACAGAAGUAGUCUAAUGGAAAGUGGGGUUAUGUCCACGACUACAUCGUUGUUUUGUGCAUUUGCAAUUUGUAUUUACAUGGGAUGUCAAGUCCAGGGAGACGUUGUUCAAGAAUUCAGUUUUGGCUUUGAGAACCUUUAUAGUCCAUUCUACCCAGAUUGUGAUGGUGAAAAGAAUAAUGGUACAUUUGUAUUGAACUUUCCAAUAUCAGACGAGUAUCCUGUAGUUCUUUUGCAAUUCAUUGAAUUCGAUGUUAAACCAUGUGCUAAUGCGAAGGUAAAAAUUCAAGAUAUUGAUUAUUGUGAAGAUACAGUUCCUACAAGAGUACUCUUUUCUACAGCUGAUAUUCCUAUAAGUGUCAAAUUUGAAAUAAAAGAUGGUAAAUGCGGAACAGGAUUUAAACUGUACUAUGUUUUUCCAGAAAUCACUACUGACAAGAAAUAUUUUAUAGUUGGAGAAGAAUCUAAAAUACAUAUUGGUAUUCAUGGAUUGCCGAGUCAAAUUGGAUCUACCUGUAAAUUAAAUAAUACUGGAGAAAUACUGUCUGAAAUUUCGGAAGAAAAGGCUGUCACAUAUCCAUAUGAACAUGGAAAACUGGUUUCUGGGCCGUUGAAAUAUAAUUUCAGUUGUGUAUUGUAUGAAAAGGAUACUGGGAUGAAUUUUGCUGUUUUAAAAAAGUUCAUACAGUUUGAGAUUGAAGAUAAUCUGAAUAAUUCUACAUUUAUAUCUCAAAUAAAAUUGCCUAGGAUUCAAAGUAUAGCACUAACUGUUGACUAUUAUACUUUUAAAGAAAGCUUUCAUUUCAUCUUGAAAUAUCCAUACAAAUAUCCAACACACCCUUGUCUGAUCAUUCAUUUAGAUGGGAAGCAUUAUUUUAAAACAAUUGAUUAUGAAAGACAUGGUUUGAAGGAUCCUGGAGACAGGCAAUCUGUACAAAUAAAGAUGUUUGAUACGAAACAGAAUACUGGUUUUGAAGCAGGAAGAUUUAGCUUAUUCAUGUAUAUAUUGAAUGAUGUUUCAAUUGUGCAGUUGCCUCCAGUUAUUUUUGAUUUGUCCCGUCCAAUUACCAAUCUCGAGUUUGAAGUUGAAGAUUAUGUUAAUCCACUUCCUUCAACAUUUCCAGUAUCUGUAAAUCCUGGCUCAACCGCUCCUGUAGGCAUAAAUGUUAGCAUAGUGGACUCUAACUCUCUUCAAUAUGUUGUACAUAAUUUCAUUGAAUGCAAUUCACAAAGAACAUGCCGAAGGGGUAUUACUUCCUUAUUUUCUGUGCCUCCGGGGAAAUAUACAAUUAAAGUGACAGCAAAAAACGCCCAUGGUAUGCGAACCGCUUCUCCAAAAUUCAUAGAAAGCUUCAAUUUAGUGCAUGCAAUGUUCGCUACUGCAGAUAGAUCAGCUUAUGUAGGAAAAAUUGUAAAUUUUUACAUAAUAUAUAAGCCAGAUGUGGAUUUCAUCAAUUUGGAGCUGUUUUUGUCUGUUGAUGGACUGGUAUUGGUAAAUAAUAACAUAACCAUGCAUCAAAAUUGGGACCCGGGAAAACAUACUUUCCAAGAUAUAAAGUUGCCAUUAAACCCAGAGGGAUAUAAAAUAUUUGUUGCACAAAAGAUGUUUGAGGAAAAAGGAAGAUAUGCAAUUGUUGCAAGAGUUUCAACAACAAAUCAUAAAGUAAAACUUGAACAAGAGUUUACCUUGGAUGUGAUGAAAGACGCUCGGGACUUAUGUUUAACCGGAGUCAAGAUUUAUGAUUAUAACUUUAAAAAUCACCUUCAUACAUUUAUUCAAGUGAACAAAUCUUUUCCACUUUCUGCAGAUGUGAAACUUCAUUGUUUAUUGACAAAAGAUAAAGCCAUUACUUAUAAAUGGACGAUUUAUAAGGUAAAAUCACUAAAUGAACUGCCCAAGGAUAGCAACAAAUUUGAAAAUAUUCGGAUUGAAGUCAACAAAAAUAAUUUAUUUGUUGACCAACUAACAUUCACUGAACCUGGACUUUACAUUGUGAAACUGAAUGUUUUAUUAGUAGAUUCUGAUGGAGAAAUAUUAUAUCAUGUUUUUGACUACACAGCAUUGAAUCUUACAAAAGGAUUUUAUUUAGAAGCAAGGCUUUGCGGAGCACAUAAAGUAGUAGUAGCGAAAGAACAUCACAUGUUCAAUUGCAUGGAUCCAUCAAUUUGGAUGAUUGGAAUGAAAACACUUUGCUACUUGAACAAAGAAAAUUUUGAUAAUGACCCAGAAUAUCAAGAGUUCACUAAUACAUCAUGCUCAAGAUUCUCAGUAGCACAAACUGGAACAGUUUCUAAAAAACCGCUUACGUUUUAUUUAUUGGCCUUUGAAAUGGAUCGAUUUUUUGUACAAGCUGUUGCUUAUUCUCGGCAUCAUGAUGGUGCAUACUAUCAUAAACUUCAUGGAAGUACUUUCAUGGAAGUAGAAAUUUCAAAAUCUGUUGUGCCCAAAUUGAAUAUUGUCUGUCGGGCAAACUGCGAAAAGGAGCAAAAGGCCCAUCUUCCACUGAUAUUUCAAUCAGACUGUGAAACAUGUUAUGAAUUUAAAUGGAAGAUUUCUAAUGUGAACAGUAUCCUGAAAGAUUGUGAUUCUGAUCGAUAUUGUCGAAUUUUACCCGAAACACUCCGUACUCUGCCAAAAAACUAUGCUGUCACCCUGACAGUCUGCAACAAAAACUGCCUGUCCUCCAUUUUAGAUAAAAUUGAUUUGGAUGAAGAAACGAAAGCAAACAUAACGAGUGAUGUAUUGAAGGCAUCCUACUUUACAAUAAAAGAGUCAGCUAAACAGUUUUCAGAUAUUUUAUUGGUGUCAACCAAGAAACCUGGAAGGAGUUUGGCUCCUCUGCUUGAUGGCAUUAUUGAUGUGCUGACCAACAUAAGAAAACUGCUGAAAGACAUUUAUGCAUCUUACUAUACACCAUUACGUUUCCUGAGUUCUUUUUCACAGUCUUUAAUUCGUACUUCAGUAAACCUUAUGGAAGCUAUGGAAUUUGUGGACAAGAAUGAAACCGGUCGUUUGUUUGGAAAAAUGAGCACUAUGCUUGAUGACACUGGUUUUGAUUUAUUGGACCUUGCUGACCUUUUCCCAGAAUAUGAUGGAAUCGUAUUUAAAAACCGAAUUUUUGAAGCACACUUAUCAAAUUUGAAAAGAAAUGAUGAUACAAUUUUUGACCGCAAGGAUGUUAAAAUUGUGUAUGAUGUCGAUUGGUCGGAGUUCAGUCAUACUGAUACUGUAAAUUUGCAGGUUUAUCGAUAUCAUUCCUCAAAAGCAAAAUUCAUUGGUAAAGGAGAUAACUGGCAAAUUAAAAAUGAUGUGACUUCAUUUUCUCUUUCAAAAGUGGAACGGGGUUAUACCGUUUGGCAGCCUGCUCCUGAACCUAUUCUUCCUAUGGUUAAAUUCUACAUGCAUGGAGGCAAAAAGAUGUCACAUCUUUCUACAACUAUCAAUUUUAAUAUUGUGAAUGCGACUAAUGAUGUUCAUAGUGUUGCUGCAAAUAUAACUCUGCAAAAAAACAUAGAAUUAGUUGUAUUAAUUGACCAUGUGGGACUUCCGGAUGAUGUUAUGCUGAGUAUGAUAGUGAUAAAACAUAACGAGACAUUUGAGGAAGAUGACGCACUUGAAUUUCCCAACCUUAUCAUCACUAAGAAAAAUUUUUCUGAUGAUUCUUAUACCUGGAGAUGUCAACUUAACGUCACUGGAAAUAAUACUUAUGAACUAAUAAUCACUGCAUCUGUAUUUCUCCCUGAAUAUCAGGAGGAUUUUGUGCCGGAUUUUGUGGAGUCGGUUGAAUCCCUUAGACAUGGUUCAAAUGGUAGCGAUGGUUUCAAUAUCUCAGAUUCUAAUUCUACAAAUAUAACUACUACCAUGUCACCUACUAUGUUAACUAACUUGUCAACAACUAUGCCUACUACUACUAUUGCAACUACAACUGAGGAGACGACUACGCAUGGACCAACUGUGGCUCCUAAUAUAAGUUAUCAAUUUAAUUUGACUCUCACUAUGCUGGCUAGUGAAUGUUCAGUAUGGGAUGAUAAGUUGGAGGAUUGGAAUUUCGACAUAUGUGAGUCAAUGCCAUCAAGUAAUCCUGAUGAACUAGACUGGUGUGAAUGUGACCUAAGCAAAAAGUAUCACUGGGGUUAUAAAAAUCCAAGACAUUUGCUGGCUUCAAGGUUGUUUGCAUUCACUUCUACAUACAUCCCUGAAAUUGAAGAAGUCAUCUAUGAUACCAUAGCAAAUGAUACAAAUAUUACAUCUGUGACAAAUGAAACAUUUCCAACAAAUGCAACAAUAACUGAACCAACAAUAGCUGUUACAGAAGAAUGGGAUGUGCCUGUUGAAUAUGAUGAUCCUGUAGUUACUUAUGCAGAAGAUUUUCCAAUGAUACCAACCCCAGCACCAAGUAAACCAACAAUUAAAAGUUCUCGACAAAAUCCUCUUGCCAUUGGUGGCAUGAUAGCAAUGAUUUUCGUAUUUGUUGGGAUACUGUUUUCCGCGAGGCAGAAAGACUUAAAAAGAGCCAAAACGCCUUUUUAUAUAGAAGUUUGUGAUAAUGUACCCUAUGUGACAUAUCGUUACUUACUAACAAUAUAUACUGGUAAUCGCAUGAACGCGGCACCUUCAUCUACAAUUGUUGUUAAAAUUUGUGGAACAGAUCACCAAAGCAUUGUACACAUUCUGCAGAAACAUGAUGAUAAAGAAAAACAUCUGUGCCGAGGAAGUGCUGUAACGUUUCUAAUGACUGGACUGAAAAAUAUUGGAGAAAUAACUUCUGUCAAAAUUUGGCAAGAUGGACAGGGUAACAAUCCACAAUGGUACAUUAAUAGACUUGUAGUUCGCGAUUUUGAAACAAGUGAAUGUUGGUUUUUCUUGGCAAACGAUUGGCUGAAUGAUGAAGACCCAUUUGAGGGACCAGAGGAACUUGAACUUUAUCCUUCCUCCAUGCGAGAUCUUUUCUUACAAAAGCACUUAUUCAGUAUCAAGUUUUCAUCAUAUAUUAAAGAAAGACACCUCUGGUAUUCUCUCCUAGCCAACCGUCUUUGGUAUCGCAAUGAUGUCACUCAAAUGCAGCGUGUCGGUUGCUGCUUUCUUUAUACUGCGAUGACUGCAGUAACAUCACUCAUAUUAUACAACAGUUAUGGUACUAAUGAUUUUCUUUCAUUGCCAAAUAUUCUUGUGGGACUUGCUAGUGGUGCGGCAUGCUUUCCAUCCACAUAUCUUAUAUCCACCAUGUUCCGAUCAUCAAAAACACGUCGUAUAUAUGGUAAAGAUGAUGAUAUUACUGCAACAUCUUUAGAUGAGCUUACACAAAAGUAUUUGAGUCUGAAAAAAAGUUACGAAAAUGAGCAAGUGGUACCAAAAACAAAAAAAUCAAAAACUGGCCAGAAAAAAAGUAAAAAGUCUAAAAAGGACAAAGAUAACUUUUUCACUGCUAUAGUAACAAGUUUGACUUCCUUACAGGCAAGUGAUGACAAAAAGACAUCUAAAAAACAUAAGACUGCUAAAAAGCCUCGUAAAAAAGAUAAAGAGCGUUAUUCAGUUGGAGGGAUGUCAGAUGGUAAUAGAGACUCAAAGUUGAAUGAAAAAGAGGAUGGCGUAGAACAACAAAAUUUACCUGAAAAAAAAAUAGAAAAGAAAUCUAAAAAGUCGAAAAAAAAAGAAAAAGCAUCAGAAUCUGAUAUUGAGUCGAAAGAUAAAACUGAUAAGAAAGAUAAGGAGGAACCUGACUCUAAAGUGAAGAGGAAAAAAAAUAAGUCAAAAAAAGAUAAACCUGAGCCUUCAGGAAAUCCAAGUGUUCUCAGUUUAGCUGCAGACAAAUUGUUGGCUAUAAUGGCUGUUGAUCCAGGUUCAAUUGAUAGCAAACCUCUACCAUGGGUAUGCCAGUAUAUAGCAUGGAUUUUAAUUGGACUUGUUGGUGGAGGAAGCUGUGCAGGAGCCGUAUUUUAUGGGAUGGAUUUAGAUAAUAAAAGCUUACUAGGGUGGUUAAUAUCAUUUUCAUGUGGAUUGCUUGAAAGCAUAUUUAUUAUCGAGACAAUAAAAACCGUUUUACUGGCUUAUCUUGAUGUAGUUCUUAACGCACAGAUGGAUUUAUCAGAUUGGAUACCCCCACUAAGAGCGGAAGUUUCUCUCAAAGAACAUGAGUUUCCACAAGAACGGUUGAGAGAAAUUGUGGCAGAGCGAAAACAGCUUCAAAUCUACAAAGGUCCAGUUUCGAGAGAUGACAUGUCAUGAAUAUCAGGUUGUUGCCUAACUGCAGAUUUAUCAGUCUUUAAUCAGAUAUUCAUGUCAAAGAAACAUAUUUUAUAAAGGCAAGAUCUAUACGCAGCACACAAGUAAAAUUAGGACGGAACAGCGGGAUUAAACUAUAUUAUAGAUACAUAGCAGGAACCAGUUUCAUGCAGCGCCUGUUGUGUUUUAUAACAGGACGAAUACAAUAGGCUACUGUACAUACAGUAUUUGAGUCUGGACGAGACCGAUAGAGUAUAGUUUUAGGUAACAAAUGAAAAUUUCGCCGCUGCCAGGGUUUAGAAACGUGUCGAAUAUUGUGUGUCUUGACUGAAAAACGAACCUCCAAUAACUUCUGCAGUACGCGAAAGUUAUUGUCUCACUCCAAUAAUAGUGUGAUAAAUUGAUUUCGCAGCGGUAGCAGUGACAUCAGAAUGCCCAAUUUUUUUCACGUCCAAGCGAGCGAAGAAUCGAACUUGGAGGAAAUUGUAAAUUAGAUACUGAAAUUUGAGCAGUCAUGUAACAUUUAUGGUUUGAGAAUAUUUAUUUUUUGCUGUUUGAAUAAUAUGGAUACUAGGCACGGUUUUUAGAGAUUUUUUCAACCAUUACGGCUAAAAAUUAGGUAGGCUGUAGAUCUGAAUUGUAUAUUUCGAACAAAUCUCAAAUAAAUGAUGAAAAUUUACUCCGGAUACAAUUACAAUAUCAAAUUAACAAAUUGAAUGGAACAUAAAAAA